ACAUAAGCACGUUGUGCGGGACUGUCCAGUGCGCUAGUCGGUUCAUUAGGGCUUUAAUUCUGUCGCAAAAUACCGCUGCGUGUUACGUUUAAAUAUCGAACAUUGAGUUCGAAUUUUAAAUAUCGGAGUAUAGACUGUUAUAUUUUUUUAAUUGUGAUAUUUAUGCUAUAAGCUCUAAAGAAUGCAUUUUUAUUGGUGUUGUGUUUUUGUGGACAAUCGGACAUAAUAUUGUUUUAAUUUGAAUAGUGCAGCUACUAAUUUUAGUAAAUUGGAUUAUGUACCUACUACCUACCUAAUAUAAGGAACAAACUGUAAGAAAUUAAAGGUAAAGAUGAAGAUCCCACGCACGGACACGGUGCAAGGGUCGGCCGCUCUACGCAAGCCGACCACGGUGAUGAUCUACCACGACCGGUACACGGCGGGCGAGACCACGGGCGGUUUGAGCGUGCUCUUCACUAUGCUCUGCAUCGUGGACCUGUUCGGAGUGUUCCCUGUGGUUGCGCUGCCGAAGACCAUCAUAUCCUGUGGUAUCUACGGAGUGCCGCUCGUCAUAUCAGUAUUCGCGCUGCAGCUGUACACAGCAGUGCUUCUUGGACGGAGCUGGCUUCUGGCGCACGAGAUAUCGCCGCAUAUUAGAGAAAAGAGUAGGUUUCCCUACGCGGCAGUAGCAGAGUUAGCGUUCGGCACUCAAGCCCGCAGACUGGUGACGUUCCUCAUUGACGCCACUGUUUUCGGCGCAGGAGUUCCUAAUUUUAUAUUUGCUUCCCAAAGCAUGCAGAUGUUCUGGUGGAAGAUCACCGGCGGAGAGGUGGGGGUGACAUACUGUGUGUGGAUGAUGGUCAUAGGAUUGCUGCUAUGUCCUGUCAUGUGGCUCGGCUCGCCAAAGGAUAUGAAGCCCAUAGCUCUAACAUCAGUGUGCAUAGUGACCACAGUGGCGAUAGCUACUUGGACCUGUAUCUGCCUUGACAACACCUCCGCCCCGGCAUCUGGAGAUGUCCUUAAAUAUGUUCCCAACCCCAGGGACUUUCUUGUUGCCUAUGGGAUCAUUGCUUUCCAGUUCGACAUCCACCCCAUGCUGCUAACAUUGCAAGUGGACAUGAAAGACAGUCGCAAGAUCAACUCCGCGGUACUGGGAGCCUUCGGUAUUACGGGAUUCAUGUUUAUGGUGACGUCACUACUGGCCGCCGAUAGAUAUGGGAACAAUAUAGAAAACAAUAUAUUGCAAGGGAUGCCUCCAUCAAUAGCGCUUUAUAUCGUGGCACUUUUAGUGACAUUGCAACUUUGUCUCUCCAGUGCCGUUGGCAAUUCCGCACUCUUUCAGCAUAUUGAGGACUUGCUGAAAAUUCCUAGAGAGUUCUGCUUCCAACGUUGCCUACUUCGGUCUGGCAUCGUCGCAUUAGCGGUAUUUCUCGGAGAAUCAGUACCAAGAUUUGAUUUGGUAAUGGGACUAGUAGGUUCAACUCUAACCGGCCCCCUGAUGUUCAUAUUCCCACCUUUAUUCUUCUUAAAACUCUGCUACAAACGGUCUAAUAUGAAAGAGUUGGAUAUACUAAUAGAGAGGAGAAAGAAACACUUGACCGAGAACAAUAUCAACAGAAGAGGCAACAAUGGCGGCCUGUCAAAGUUCCCGCUCAUUUUACCGAGAACACAGACUAAAUACAAAACUUUUGUCACUCAACAAGAAUAUAUCAAUAACAUUGUUAAUAAUGUAGAUGUAGCAGAUUAUACAGUAAAAUGGUACGAUGUUUUACUGGCAGUGAUAGUAAUGGUCAUGGGCAUUGUGGCCACUUUUGUGGCAACUUACAUAAGUUGGUCGGACGCCAUUUCGUCCGCUGAGUUUUCGCCGCCAUGUUUAUUGAACGCAACGGCCGCUGCAAGAAGUUUUAUAGAAACUGCCAACCAUAAAGUGUAGCGGAAAUGUAAAUAAUUGUAAGUGUAAUAAUAUUAAUGGACGUUGAUAAAUAAAACCAAUGUAGACACUUCUCCUACUGAAAACCUUCACCUACUGGGUUUUAUUUUUCGUCUUAGAUACAUUACGAGCAAAAACUAACAUUAAUCCAAUUUGCCCAGUCUAUAAAUUUUUAUUGAGCGUUAUGACAUUGGUUGCUAUUAGAAAAAAAAACCUAUCGAAACUUUUGCAUAACCAUGGUAAAUAUCUGUGGUAGUGUGGUUUAGAAGUUCUUAAACGGAAUCACAGUCACAGUCCACAGAAACACUACGAUUUAUUGCAAAUAAAUAGUACGAUUUAUUGCAAGUAAACAGCUUAAAAUAUAAUGGCGAAAAUUAAUUCAGUGUUUUCAGAUGUUAAAACUGUAUAUCUUUUGACUUACAAGGAUAUUUAAUACAUUUUCAAAUAAUUGGAAAAUUAUCGUUUCUGUCUGAGCAUAUUUUCCAUUUAACUUCUUCCAACCGACCUACCCUCAAAUUGCAACAAGAAUGAAUACUUAUACAUAUCUAUACUAAUCUUACUAAUAUUAUAAAGCUGAAGAGUUUGUUUGUUUGUUUGUUUCAACGAGUUAAUCUCAGGAACUACUGAGCCGAUUUGAAAAAUCCUUUCAGUGUUAGAUAGCCCAUUUAUCGAGGAAGGCUAUAGACUCUAUAUUAUCUCCGUAUUCCUACGGGAACGUGAACCACGCGGGUGAAACCGCGCGGCGUCAGCUAGUCUUUAAUAUUUCAUAUAAUUAUUAUAAAGAUUUAAUGAUAAGGUAAAGAAUAAGAAAUUACUUAGGCCACUUUUAUUACGAUGAUAAGUUUGUAUUUUUAAUCAUAGUAUUAAUUAUGAAAUAAAAGAUGUUUCAAAUUAUAAAA